AGGCGAUUUUGUCAAUUCGUCAAAAAGUGUUUUGUUUAAAUGUAAAUUGUACAAAAUUGUUAAGUAAAUCGUGUAAUAUCGUGUUGUGGUACGUGAUAAUAGUAUAAUAUGUGAUAUAUGUUUACAUUAAUAAGUCUGAAUUAGGGAAUCAAUUUUUUUUAGUACCAUCGCAUAUAUAUUUGAUGCCCCGCGCCCGGGAAGAAAUGCAAGUAAACGUGGCGGGCCUAAGGAGAAAUAUUAAAAACCUCGCGCACAACUAUUCCGAUGCCCAGGUAAAAGUGCGCGAGGCAACAUCAAACGAUCCAUGGGGCCCAUCCAGUACUCUGAUGGCGGAGAUCGCCGACCUCACAUACAAUGUGAUGGCGUUCACCGAGAUCAUGCAGAUGAUAUGGAAACGGUUAAACGACCACGGCAAGAACUGGCGGCACGUGUACAAAGCUCUAGUCCUGAUGGAGUACCUCAUCAAGACAGGUAGCGAGAAAGUGGCAAUGCAGUGCAAGGAGAACAUAUUUGCGAUACACACGCUUAAGGAUUUCCAAUACAUGGAAGAGGGGAAGGACCAAGGUCUAAACGUGCGAGAAAAGGCGAAACAGCUAGUGAAUCUUUUGAAAGACGAGGAGCGGUUGAAGAACGAGAGGGCUCGCGCUCUGAAAGCGAAGCAGCGGUUUGCGCAGAGCGCCAGCGCCUUCGGCAGCGACGGCGCGCUGGACACGCCCUCCAGCCCCACGUACCCGCCGCUCAGCAACAGCGAGCCGGCGGAGUGGUCGGGGCGCGAGGCGGAGCUGGCGCGGCCGCUGACGGCGGGCGAGGAGGAGCUGCAGCUGCAGCUGGCGCUCGCCAUGUCGCGCGAGGAGGCCGAGCGCGAGGAGCGGCGCCGGCGCUCCGACGACGUGCGCCUGCAGCUCGCCAUCAGCCAGUCGCAGAACGACUUCCAAACUACAGGCGUGGAGCCCAAGAAACCGGAGCAGCAGUCACAUCUGCUGGAUCUGCUGGACGUGAACCUCUCCCCGUCGGCCGCGCCCCCCGCACUCGGUGGGGCCCCCGCGCCGCUCGACCCCUGGGGCCUGCCCUCGCCGCCCGCGCACGCCCCCCUCGCGCACCCCGCGUGUUUACGUUUGGACCUCCGUCCUGCUGUGGAUACUAUGGACACGUCGCCGGACGGCUGGUCGGGCGCGCCCAGCCCCGCGCGCGACCCCUGGGCGCCCGCCGCGCCCCCGCCCGCCGCGCCCGCCGACCCCUGGGCGCCCGCGCAGGUCUGUGCAUUGCAGAACAAGUCUCCCCUGUCGAUCCUGUCGUCUCCGUCGUCGUCGGAGCUGGAGCAGUUCGACGCGCUGUCGCAGCGCCCGCGCACGCAGCCCGACAGCGACCCCUUCGACCUGUCCGCGCUCGGUGACAGUCUGACUCCAAAACCGGUGUCACCCACGAACACUGGCGCCAUCAAGAAGUCUCCCUCUGCCUUCCUCGGAGAGAACUCGUCGCUUGUGAACCUUGAGCGUCUGCUGCAGCCCGUUGCGCCUGACCCCCCCGCACCCAAUCCCUUCGCGCACGAGCGACCCCCAGCACCAGUUAAACUGUCGAUCAAUGAAAUCAAACAGCAACAAAUGGGCCUCAACACGGGCCUUUCAUUCCCAAGCGCGUCGCCUGCCUUUGGGGCCCCGAUGGCCGCUGCGCCGCCUCUGGUCGGGGGCCCCGCGCCGGCGCUGUCGGGCCCCCACGCCUUGGGCGCGGCGGCAGACCCCUGGGCGCCGGCGCGCGCCACGUCGCCGUGGUCGCCGCCCGCCACCAGGCACACUCCCAAUCCCUUCCUAUCCUAGCCACAGAGCAGCUCUCAGUAGACGGGCAGCUCGCAGCCAUGCUUGAAGGUACCGUUUGGUAUGAGACCGAUGGUACACAUGCUUCAUCGUUUCAUCAGUGCAUAAACACAUGUUUGCAACGAGUGUUGCCAGUUUGAAACACUUUUUAUUUCAAUAAAAUUCCACAGCAAUAAGACAAAUAAUUAUAAAUAAAUUGACCAAUUAAUGAAUUUAAUAAACUCGGAGUUCAGCUAGCUGGUUUGUGUGUAACGAUGGAACUAUAAAUAAAUUUUACAAAGACAGUUGUCAGUCAAAUCGCUCGUGAAAGUGUAACCGUCGGUCGCUUUCUUCUAUUUAGAUUCAAUCUAAUGACUAACCGAUCAAUUCAUUUAUGUCAAUGAAUAAUUAUUAUUCUAAGCACUAUCUAUAAAAUUGUCAAAGCAAUAUUUUUCAAAUGAAUAUUUAAACUAUAAACAAAUAUUUUUAUAAUUUAAAAAAGUUAAUUCCCUUUUCAUCUUUACAAUCAUUAAAAAAUGACAAUUUUGUAAAUAGUGUUCGGCUCGUCUUUACUAAAAAAAUAAUAUAUAUUUUGACAAGAUUAUUUAUAAUCGUUUUUUAUUUUAUCUCGCGAGUGGUGUAUUUAAAUUUAGUGUGUAACAAAACGUGAAACUAUUGUGGUGAUAGGUUUAAAUUAAGGUAUAUGAGGAUAGAUACAGUAUAUAAUAUAAUGAACGAUACAUAGACUGGGUACCGCUGUCGCGUAGGCUGGACGCGUUCAGAAAUACGCGGGACGGUUAAAAUACUAAUUUAAAAAAAAAAUCACAAAUAUGUUAUUAAUAUUUUUUAUCUAUGUAUUCGUAAAAUGUCGUAAUCUUUACAUGAAAAAAAUAUGUAACAUUUUAGGUGCUAAAAAUAAGCGAAUAUACCUAAAUAAACAAAUCGUAACAGUAUUACUAUUAUGUAAAAUGGAAAAAAUACGUUUGUCACGGUUUCUGAACGCGCGAGUAGAGUAGCAUAGACGUUAGAAUAGCGCUAGUGAGUCCGUGGCCGAUAUUCCUGCCGCAGUCGGUGACACCAAUAGAAAUAAUUUCUUAUCUGUAGUUGUAGAAAAUUGUGGCGGGAAUAUGAUCCAUGCGCUCGUCGAGACGGCUGUUUAAGGAAUUAAUGUAGUUUUAAAGGAAUUUCACAGUGCAGUGUAUUACGAUUAGAGUAAUAAUUGUCUGAGUAUUGGUUUUAUUAGUUCGUCUGUUUUUUCAUCACAAACAAUAUUACUGUUAAUUAACGAGAUAGAGUUCUAAUCCGAUAUGUUAUGUUACUACGCUACUCGUGUUAUGUGUGUCAGUAAGUAAGAGCUCUGAACAGAGACUAGUAACCGUGCAGAUCUGGAUUAGAAACGUAACUAAUUCAAAGUGCAAUGAAAGAAAAACAGAAAUAAAAAUAAAAUUAUUAAUUUGUAAGAGGAUUUUAAAUUUUAGAAUCAUGAGUACGUUUUUGUAAAAACUAAAGAAUCUAUAUUAUAUAAUUUUUAUUUUGUGAAAAAGAUUGACAUUUUAUUUAUGAUUAUGAUAAAAAAACUUUUUUUUACACUAGCUUUUUAAUUGAUGUACAAAAAGUAAUAAAAUGUUGUAUUCUAGAUUGUGAUGUCACCAGUGUGGUUCUCUUGUCAAUUUUGAGGAUUUUUCUCGUAUACAAUUGUUUUUGAUAUUAGAAUUAUUUGUAAAAUGUAAUCGUGGAUUGUGUAGUUAUUUAAAACUGUGCGUCUUAAACGCCGUCGAUGUCUAUAAACAGUCACACAAUGAAACGACUAAUAUCUGCACUGUGAAGGUCCGGCCGGUCCACAGUCGAGGGCUACGUCGUGAGGAGUGCAAAUCGUGCCUUAGGUAACUUGUAUUGUGGUGUCGCUCCGUGCGGGAGGACUCUUGCCGAACACGCGACAUUCGUCUUAUUUUUUGCGGACAAAAACUUCAUUCAAAAUUAUUUGAGAAAAAAUCUAAUAAAAUUAAGUGUGUUUACCAUAAAUUCAGCGACGUUUCUUUAAAUCGUCCAACUGUGAUGGAUCUAGUGACGAGUCGUUUCAAUCCGAAGUAUUGACAAUAACAUAUCGAAAAUUAAUUUCAAAGAUCCUCCGCACGCAGCUGUCGAGACUGUUCGAAGUUAACGUUACUAUUAAUUAAUUCAGCAAUCAGAGAUAAGUCGGGCUGAAUAGUCAGGUGGCCGAAAUGAUAGGUUAUCAUAUUGUGUUUAAACAUUAUUUGCGUUUACGUGUCGCCUCCUGCCUAUUGUAGUCGUCAACUUGCACGCAGAUCAAACCCCGUUAAUCUACUGGACUAUCUUUGGACCCGGAGCCUUUUUGGGCUCGUUGACUUCGAUUGUGCGUUUGGUCUGCGCGCAGCUCAAACCGCUCGUCCAUUUUAUCGAACUUGCCUUGCCUGAACACCGAUGUAGCAACAUGCACCUUACGGCUCUCGUAAUACGUGUCACCCUUGUAUGAACUCGUGCCUCAGUCUUUAGAAUCAUUAGUGUAUAGGAAUCUUUCUAGCUUGUUUGUUUUGAUAUCUGCACGACUAGUUAUCAUCAAUUCGGAGGCUAUCACGCUCUCGGUGCGCCGGAAUGUUGUGUAACUUUUUUAGGAUUUUUUGUCGUUUAGCGAACUAAUUAUGAUAUUCAAGCGUGACAGGGCCGAGGCGAGUUCGCGACUAAAAUUGUCCAAAUCCGCUUUAUUACGUGUAUGUUGCGUACAAAAUAUUCCAUUUUAUAUGUGUAUGUGGUAUCUAAAUAAGGAAAACCCUCAUUUAUGUAGAAAAUUCUAUGUUAUGGCAACACUGAGUAUUGCUUAUUGUAUUUUUGUGAUCACGAGUGUUUCUGUACAUAGCGAUGCCGAUGCCGGCGCUGCGUUUCCUUUAUGGAAGCAAUAAUGUCAUUUUUACACUGGCAACAUAUGACUAAUGUUUUUUUUCGCUUUAUUAUUAUUUUAACUGGCGAUUCAGAUAUUCAAUGGUUAUUAUUUGUAUCAAUUAUGUAGAUAAAUUAUUUUUAAUAUAUUAAUUUUGACCAAUAAAAUGCAUCGAUGCUAAUCCAACGUGUCACUGUAGCUAGGGAGAACUGUAAAGAUUUAAUGUAACUAUUUAAUUAAAAUAUAUAAGUUUUUCAAU